AUGCUCGGUUGCCACUACACGCCAGCUUCAUCACCAGCUUUAUCGGAUCAGGACAUGCCACAAAAUAGUAACAUUCACAACAUGAACUCACCAUCACCUCAAACGAGAGCUUCGAAUCUAUCAACUCCCAAUAGUUCACCAUCCUUCUCCUCAAGCACCUGCUCUCCCACCGCCUUCUCAUCUUCAACCACAUCACCACCGCCGGCGCCACAAAAGGAGUCACGCAUAUUGCGUACGCCGAAAUGUGCACGCUGUCGCAAUCAUGGCGUCAUCUCUUGUGUCAAAGGUCAUAAAAAGCUUUGUCGUUGGCGCGAAUGUUGCUGUCCGAACUGUCAAUUAGUUGUCGAUCGCCAACGUGUGAUGGCCGCCCAGGUGGCACUGCGUCGCCAACAAUCCAUGGAAGCACUGGAGGCUCAAGCGAAUGGACAAUGCGCACUGGGCGAAGGUGUUACAGCGCCAACAACAACACAGCCAAGCAGUGACAGCGGCGGUAAAAUGGCUUCCUCCAAUUCGUUUCACACCAAACAGGCACUACUCGCACAGAAGAAAAUUUAUAAGCAGCGUUUACGUACGCUACAACAAACAACGCUGCAUAUAACUGCCGCAAUGGAAG